AGCCCGCCACGCAGCAUGUCUCUGCCGCGCGUGCAGCGUGCGGCCCGCUGCGCCCUCCGGCUGCAACAGGAACGUUCGGCCCUGCGUGCGGUGGCCGCGCGCGCCCGGUCCACCGCGGCUGCGCUUGCGGCCGAGGCGGACUGGGACGCCGCCAGGCCCUACAGCGACAUCCCCGGCCCCAAGCCUCUGGCCGUCGGCGGCAACGCCUGGCGGUUCAUGCCGUACGUCGGCCAGUUCCACGGCCUGGGCCUCGACGAGCUCAUCGCGGCGCUGCACGCCGAGUUCGGCCCCGUGUGCAAGCUGGGCGGCAUGCCCAGGCCGGACCUGCUCUUCGUCAGCGACGUCGACAUCAUGCAGAGUGUGCUCCGCAACGAGGGCUCGUGGCCCACUCGGCGCGCGGCCCAGACCCUGGAGCACUACUUCCGCGACCUUAGGAAAAACUACCUCGUCAGCUUGGCGGUUUCGAACGGCAAGGAGUGGCAAGACUUCCGCAGCGCCGUCAACCAGGUCAUGAUGCAGCCGCGCAACACGGCGCCCUACGUGCAGCCCAUCGACAGCGUGGCCCAGGACUUCGUGGCCAGGAUGAGGGAGAUUCGAGCCCCGGACGGCAGGAUGCCCGCCGACUACACCGACGAGCUGGCCAAGUGGUCCCUGGAGUCCAUCUCGUACGUGGCCCUCGACACGCGGCUGGGCCUGCUGGCGGGCGACUUGGACCCCACCUCGGACGCGGUCGUCAUGAUGGACACCAUCAGGGGCCUGUUCGACUGCAUGUACAACCUGGACAUCAAGCCCUCCGUCUGGAAGUGGGUGUCCACCCCCACCUACAGGAAGUUCGUCGGCAACAUGCACUUGUUCACCAGCCUGGCGUCCAAGUACGUGGACAGGGCGGUGGCGAGGCUGAAGGCCCUGUCGCGCCGAGAGCUGGAGCAGGGCAACCGCAGUGUGCUGGAGAGCCUCCUGAUUAACACGGGGGACCCCACCAAGGCCGUCUCCAUGGUCAUGGACAUGCUCCUCGCCGGCGUGGACACGACCUCCGCGGCGAUGAGCGGCUUGCUGUACCAACUGGCCACCAACCCGGACAAGCAGGCCAAGCUGCAGGAGGAGCUGGACCGCGUGAUCCCCGACAAGACCGCGCCCAUCACACAGGACCAGAUGGAGCAGCUCAAGUACGCGCGCGCGUGCAUCAAGGAGGCCAUGAGGCUCAUGCCCGUGCUGCCCACCUCCUUUCGAGACACCGGCAAGGACCAGGUCCUGGGCGGCUACCGGGUGCCGAAAGGGACCACCGUCGGCAUGUCCAGCCUCGUGAUGGCGCAGGACGAGAGGUACUUCCCGAAGGCCCGCCAGUUCCUCCCCGAGCGCUGGCUCCCCGGCGGCUCCAAGACCGACCAUCCCUUCGCCUUCCUGCCCUUCGGCUUCGGGCCGCGCAUGUGCGUCGGCAAGCGCUUCGCCAACCUGGAGCUGGAGAACCUCGUCGCCAAGAUUUUCCGGAACUUCACGCUGGAGUGGAAUCAGCCUCCGGCACGGACCAAAUUCACCAUCUUCCUGAAAUUCGAGACUCCACUCCAAUUCAUCGUGAGGGAUCGGCCCUAAACGGGCUGGCGUCGAGGCGUGCUGUGCUGCAAGUGCGAGAGGGAAGGGGAGUCCAGACGCGCGCUGAGUUACUUCUCCAACGGAAAGACGGUCAGUCCAAAAGCCCUUUGUAAAAUUCAAGUCCCGCGUUCGCCUUCAUUGUAAAGCAUUUUCUCAAGUGUCUUUAAAAUACAAUCAAAUCAGAGACUUAA